AUGGCAAAAGAUGGAAUCACAACGGCAGUCUCAACUAAUGAAUACAGCAGGCCAAUAAAAUUGAAUGGCCAACCUUUCAGUACCACACCUGACCUCCACUUUGCACUUCUCGUCCUUCGUGAUAAUUCCAACCCCUCCUCAUUGUGGAUUGAUGCCAGCUGCCCUGAUCAGAAUGAUCGAUUUGAAAAAGAUGAGCAACUACGUAUCAUGCCUCUAAUCUAUAUCAAUGCUACUCGUGUACUCGUCUGGCUUGGUGAAGACGAAGAAUCAGUCGAUCUACAUGCUGCAGCUGAGAUUAUCUCUCACUUCAGUAUGAAAAAGAGAGAAGUGCAAUGGAAGGCCCAGUCAAUAGCCAAAAAGGAACCUUUGACUGAUUCUCAAACGUGGCUGCAGGAGUGGGCCCACUGCGACCGGCACAAUGGGCCGGAAUAUGCCUCUGGUUGA